AUGCGUUGUAUACUUGUCUGCGCUAUCCUUGGCUAUGCGACCGCCGUGGACCUAUUCGGCAGAGAUCAGUCAUCUGCAGUCAGAGGAAGGCUAAUCUGCGACGGACGGCCAGCUGUUGGCGUCAAAGUCAAACUGUGGGACGUCGAUCGGAGUGAGAACAUUAGAGCAUCAAAUUCCAUUGAAAUUGAAAAGUCUCCUAUA